CGGCCGUAAACUGGCAUUGUAUCCUAGGCGAUCACUGCACUUGUCUUCGAUACAUUCUACUCUCACUCACUGCAUCGUCAUCCAGAUCCUAGAACAGUAACUGUUACUUCCAGCUUUUCGGCCGAUCCCGCUUUUCCGUCUCACCGCUAUGUCCGCUGCCCGCCACUCGAAACAUGACCAACUCAAUCCUGAUGAGCUGGUUCUCGAUAUAAGUCACGGUACAGAGGCACAGGACGUCAUUGCGGCAGCAAAAGCCGGCCUACAACAACACGGCGCCGAAAACGACUUCCACUACACCCAAACCCCCUUCUCGAUCGCCUUCCGUGCUCCCUCCUCUCCCUCUCCUUUUCCUUCCGAUCCUGCACCUCCGGGCCCCGUCCUCGCCGCCCUUGUUGGCACCUAUGAAGUCAACUACCUGCACAUCCACCUCCUGCACAUCUCAUCCGCCCUCCGCCUCCACGGCCUAGGCACACGGCUUAUGCAAACCGCCGAACGGGAAGCGCGGGCGAAGGGCUGUGCGGGAAUUUAUCUGGAUACGUUUGGAUUCCAGGCGAGGGGGUUUUAUGAGGGGUUGGGGUAUGAGGUUUGGGGGCAGUUGGAGGGAUGGAAGAGGGGUAAGCAUGAGGAGGUAGAGGAGACGAGAUACUUCUUGAGGAAGAUGUUGAAGUAGGACGGAAGACUGAGCGGUGUAAGAGAUGGAUAGAUGAACGAUGCAAAGGGAUCAAAUAGGCGAUGACAAUUGAGCGAUUUCGGAAUCGGAUAAGGGAGGCCCGAGCGCACCUACAUCGGCAAUGAAAUUGGGUCUAGAC